UCAGAGAGUUGGAAACCCUAGAAAGCUCUACAGACAUGGAUGAACAUGGCGAUUCUUUCGAAGAUCAGCGACCUAGCUCCUGUACGAUCGCUAGGAUACGCCUUGAGAAUUUUAUGUGCCACAGUAAUCUCGAGAUUGAGUUUGGCGACUGGGUCAAUUUCAUCACUGGUCAAAACGGAAGUGGUAAAAGUGCUAUACUGACUGCGCUAUGUGUUGCCUUUGGAUGUCGAGCCAAGGGCACUCAGCGCGCCACUGCGCUGAAAGAUUUCAUAAAAAUUGGAUGCAGCUAUGCCCUUGUUCAUGUCGAACUGAAAAACCAAGGACCGGAUGCUUUUAAGCCUGAGAUAUAUGGUGAUACUCUGAUUAUUGAACGCAGGAUAUCUGAUUCUACUAGUUUUACUGUUCUCAAGGAUCAUCAAGGAAGAAAAGUAUCUAUCCGAAGGGAGGAGCUACGGGAACUAGUUGAACAUUAUAAUAUUGAUGUUGAGAAUCCCUGUGUGAUCAUGAGUCAAGAGAAGAGCAGGGAGUUUUUACAUUCCGGAAAUGACAAAGAUAAAUUCAUGUACUUUUAUAAAGCAACCCUUCUUCAGCAAGUCGAUGAUCUUCUUCAAAGUAUUGACACAAAGUUGAAAUCUGCAAAUGCUCUUCUGGAUGAGAUGGAGAAAACCAUAAAACCAAAAGAAGAGGAGAUCAGUGAGUUGCUUCGAAAGAUCAAGAAUAUGGAACAAGUUGAAGAAAUAACCCAACAGUUGCUGCAUUUGAAAAAAAAACUAGCUUGGUCAUGGGUGUAUGAUGUGGAUAGGCAGCUCAAUGACCAGACUGAGAAGAUCGUGAAACUCAAAGAACGAGUGCCUACUUGUCAAAAUAAAAUUGAUCGGAAACUGGGUGAGGUGGAAUCUUUAAGGCUAAGCUUGACCGAGAAGAAAUCUCAUGUUGCCUGCCUAAUGGAUAAAUCAACUGCGAUGAAGAGAGAGAUAGAGUGUUUGCGGCAAUCAGUGAAGAUGGCUGCAAGAGAGAAGAUCGCUUUAGAAGAAGAUUACCAUUAUAAGUGCAAUAACAUUCAGAAGAUUAAGGAUCUUGUAAGGAGGCUUGAAAGACAGAUUGGUGAUAUUAAUGAAAUGACUACAAGAAGCACACAGGCUGAACAAUCUGAAAACGAAGAAAAACUGAAUCAAUUGAAGCUAGAGGUUGAGAAGGCUGAAUCAUUGCUUUGCAGUUUGAAAGAGGAAGAGAACAAGGUAAUAGAAAAAGCAUCAGCUGGAGGGAAAGAGAAGGAACACAUAGAGGCUAAGAUUAGAGCCCAUGAAAAGAGGCAAAGUAGCAUAAACACUCACAUCAAUGAUCUGAAGAAACAUGAAACAAAUAAGGUUACCGCAUUUGGAGGGGACAGAGUCAUUAAUCUCUUGCGGGCUAUUGAGAGACAUCACCACAGAUUUAUAAAGCCACCGAUUGGUCCAAUUGGUGCUCAUGUGACAUUGGUCAACGGUAAUAGAUGGGCAUCUGCAGUUGAACUAGCUCUUGGCAACAUCCUAAAUGCCUUUAUUGUGACCGAUCAUAAAGAUUUAGUUACUUUGCGAGGCUGUGGAAAAGAAGCGAAUUAUAACAAUCUGAAGAUUAUCAUCUAUGACUUUUCAAGACCAAGGUUAAGUAUACCAAGCCACAUGCUUCCUCAAACAGAACACCCAACUAUUCUCUCUGUCUUGCACUCUGAGAAUACUACUGUUCUUAAUGUCUUGGUGGAUAUGAGUGCUGUGGAGAGGCAUGUGCUUGCAGAGAAUUAUGAGGUUGGCAAGAGCAUUGCCUUUGAGAGAAGGCUCUCGUAUCUGAAGGAUGUUUUCACCAUGGAUGGAUACCGAAUGUUUUCCCGUGGGCCUGUUCAGACAACCCUUCCUCCCCGUCCUCGAAGACCUACUCGAUUGUGUGCUUCUUUUGAUGACCAAAUCAAGGAUCUUGAAAUAGAGGCCUCAAAAGAACAAAGUGAGAUACACAAAUGCAGGGGAGAAAAGAGGGAGGCAGAAAUGAAUCUCGAGGGUCUUGAAUCUAAAUUGCGCGGACUGAAGAAGCAACGCACCCAACAAGAGAAAUAUUUGACUAGGAAGGAACUUGAAAUGCAGGAUUUGAAAAAUUCAGUCGCUUCUGAAAUCAAAGCAUCACCUACAUCAAGUGUUAAUGAGCUUCAUCUAGAAAGCAUGAGAUUCAGAGAAGAGAUGAAGGAGAAAGAAUCCUUGCUGGAAAAAAUUCAAGACUGUAUGAAUGAAGCUGAAUUAAAGGCUAAUGAAGUUAAAGCUGCAUAUGAAAACUUAUAUGAGUCAGCCAGGGGUGAAAUUGAAUCUCUUGAGAAAGCAGAGAAUGAGCUAAAGGAGAUAGAAGAAAAACUCCAAUACGCAGAAACGGAGAAGAACCAUUAUGAGAAUAUUAUGAAGGACAAGGUCUUACCCGAGAUUAAACAGGCUGAGGUUUUAUAUGAGGAUCUUGAAAUGAAGCGGCAGGAAAGUAAUGAGAAGGCCUCAAUAAUCUGUCCUGAGAGUGAGAUAAGAGCUUUGGGUCCUUGGGAUGGGGCCACUCCUUUUCAGCUUAGCGCUCAGAUUAACAAAAUAAAUCAUAGGCUGAACCGAGAGAAUGCUAAAUAUUCUGAAUCAAUCGAUGACCUCAGGAUUAUGCACGACGAAAAAGAACAGAAGAUUAGGAAGAAACGCAAAAUUUACAAAAGCUUUCGAGAAAAGCUCAAGGUCUGCAUAGAUGUGGUGGGUUCACGGGGGAGGAUGCUCCAAAGAAAUAAAUCACUUCUGAAGCGCGAAUUAACUUGGCAAUUCAACUCUCACUUAGGGAAAAAAGCUAUCAGUGGACAAAUCACGGUCUCUUAUGAAGACAAAAGUUUGUCCAUAGAGGUGAAGAUGCCUCAAGAUGCAACAAACAGUGUUCGAGACACUAGAGGACUUUCAGGUGGGGAACGGUCUUUCUCGACUUUAUGCUUUGCAUUAGCUCUUCACAAUAUGACUGAAGCCCCAAUUCGAGCAAUGGACGAAUUUGAUGUAUUUAUGGACGCAGUUAGCAGGAAAAUCAGCUUAGACACAUUGGUUGAUUUUGCAAUAGCACAGGGAUCACAGUGGAUGUUCAUUACUCCUCAUGAUAUCAGCAUGGUGAAGUCACACGAUAAGAUAAAGAAGCAACAAAUGGCUGCUCCUCGUCCUUGAGCCAAAGAACCUCUCUUUUGUAAAACUCUCAGUAACUUAAAAAAAAAAAAAACAAAACAUAUUGUAAUGGCAAAUCUUCUUUAGGGAUGGAUUCUAAAUCUAUUUCUUGGAAGUGUCUCUUUUGUCAAUAUCUAAACAGAUGGAUAUAAUGAUUAUGAUCUUAGUGGAUGAAAAGAUUGAGAGUGACGGGUAUAAAUUUUUCCUUCUUCACUGUUCA